UCAUGUACACCGGUCUAGCUGCACAAUAAACAUGCUUAAACGUGUGUUAUUUAGGUGAAACAUACUGACGCCGCUUAACAACUAAGACUUUAUUUUGAGAUUACUGCUUAACAAUGGAUCUGCCUGAAAUAGUGAACAGGCUCCAACUCUCAGGUGAGACAGAAGACCCAAGUCCCAGCCUUCUCCCGGGACUCCCUGUGGCCACAGUUUUAUCCCAGAUUCAGGAGUUACUCCAAGCUGGGAAGACCACCAAAACCAAAGAAGAUGUUCUGCAGGAGGCCAUGCGCUUAUUCGAAACCGCAGAUAGCCACUGGCUUUUCUCCAGCUGCUGCCACAGUGAAGGUUCGGACUUGGGUAAAGUGUACGUUGAUUUUACUGGAGCGCUUGUCCAGUAUGCUGCACUUCCACAUUGUGAGACAGACAGCGAGGAGUUGUCUGAGAGCUGGUGUAGUUUAAUCCCUGGAAAGGCAUGCACUGUGGCUGGAGUGCUUCUCCAGCUGGUAAGGAGGCUUGGAGCCGCUAAUGUUGUACUGCCCUGCAGCAACACAGCAGCUCCUGUGAGGUCACUUGUACACAAGCUGCUGCCCCCUGUCUUUGUGUUUUGUGCCGCACACAUGCAGGGUCUUCCCUGGACCGAUAUGCAGUCAGAGCUUGCUUCACGGGAGCUCCUGGCUGCUUCAGUGCAGACUGCAGGCUGUGAGACUCUAACUGAACUGCUGUGUGGAAAGUCGAGCGAUGAUGAUGAAGGCAUUUUGGGGGCUGUCUUGGAACUGCUGAAGCCAGAGAUGAAGAAGUGGCCUGCAGCUGCUCUGCGGCAGUUCAACAGAGCCCAUGUGCUGUAUCACGCACUCUUCAACCACCUCUAUACACCGGAGGCACACCUCAUACAGGCUGUUCUUCCCUGUCUCUUAGACCUGCUCUCGGUGCUGGAGAAGCCCCCCCAGAAAGCAGGGGAUCCCAGGAAAGCCACCCGCUAUGAUGAGGUCCUGAGGCUGGUUCUGACUCACAUGGAGAUGGAGCACAAGAUCCCCCUGCGGAGAGUCUACGCCAGGAACAUCCCGCCCUUCAUAGAGAGACUGGGAAUUGUGAUUGUUCGUCAUCUGAAACGGAUGGAGAGGGUGAUUGUGGGAUACCUGGAAGUUUACGACGGACCAGAGGAAGUGACAAGACUUUACACGCUGCAGGCUCUAGAAAACACAAUACAACAUGCCUGGCCUAGAAUGGCUUCCAGGUUGGAUGUGCUUGUGAAGUCCCUGUUGAAGCUGUUUUACGACGUGUCCACAGACUGCAGCCCCACCCCGCAGGCAGUGAGAGAGGACCUGCUGCAGCGAGCAGUGUACUGUCUCAUUCUGCUGCACUGCUGCUGCGACCACGAGCUGCAGGCGGCUCUUGGAGGAGUUCGCCGCACCUGCCCCGUCACAAGAGUGCUGGAGUGCAUUGAGAAGGUUCAGCAGGAUAUUCAAUGAGCAGCACGCAUAAUCGAAGACAAGAAGCAAAUGUGGAGUGGUCUAACUAAACUGGAAUGUGAAUUAAUGUCUAACCCAGCAGACAGAAUGUCAUGUCUGUGAAAUGGAAACAACUGAAAUUGCAGUGAAGUAUCUGCUCGGUGACGUACAAUAGCACGUGUGUCUCGAUUUUUUUAGUUGUCAGCACGCCAUUUCUGUUCUGUGCAAACUGUCUAAUAAACAGGGUACACAACCAAGGCUUUACAAAUGCAGGGCAGCAUCUCAGAACAAAUUCCUACGCAUAGCUUCAUGAAAAUCUGAGUGGAGCCAUGCAGCAGCAUCUUAUUUUUCAGAUUCCCAAUUAAACUCCAGAACUCAUACAUAAAUCUCAACUAUGCCUAAUUCUGCUUCUAGA